AUGGCAGACCUUGCUUCCCUCCCUGCGGGUGAGCGCGUGCGCGUGCUUGGGGGCAGGAACUUUGAGAAGUUCCAUGGCGGCAUGGAAGGGACCAUCGUGGAAAACAGCCCAGACAGCAGGAACAUGCGGGUGCAGUUUGACGACGCAACCACCUCUGGGUCAGAUCCCAUAGUGGUGGCUUACAGGCACCUGGAGCAUGCAACCAAUCAGGGUGGCUACCGGCAUGUGAAGAAGGAGGACAUCAAGGUGGAAAAAACUGAGAGCUCGGCGCUUCUAAAGGCCGACAGCGACGGGAACGAUCAAUGGACGUGCUCUAAGACUCUAAGACCUGCAAGAAUCUGCAUAAAAGAUUGA